ACUCCAGGGUUUCAUCAGUAGACAGCACUCUCCAUUGUGAACCCAAUCCGUGGCUUCCUGUCCUGUGAGCUCCAGUGCCAUGGCCACGGAGGAGAAGAAGCCGGAGACAGAGGCCGUGAGGCCACAACCUACCCCCUCCUCCUCGGCCACACAGAGCAAGCCAACACCUGUUAAACCAAACUAUGCUCUCAAGUUUACCCUGGCAGGCCACACGAAAGCUGUGUCCUCCGUGAAGUUCAGCCCGAAUGGAGAGUGGCUGGCAAGCUCGUCUGCUGAUAAACUCAUUAAAAUUUGGGGUGCAUAUGAUGGGAAGUUUGAGAAGACCAUAUCGGGGCACAAGCUGGGCAUAUCAGACGUGGCAUGGUCUUCGGACUCUAACCUCCUUGUUUCUGCUUCGGAUGACAAAACCUUGAAGAUAUGGGAUGUGAGCUCUGGCAAGUGUCUGAAAACCCUGAAGGGCCACAGCAACUACGUCUUCUGCUGUAACUUCAACCCGCAGUCCAACCUCAUCGUCUCAGGGUCUUUUGAUGAGAGCGUGAGGAUCUGGGAUGUGAAGACGGGGAAGUGCCUCAAGACUCUGCCUGCUCACUCCGACCCGGUCUCGGCUGUUCACUUUAAUCGUGACGGGUCCUUGAUAGUUUCCAGCAGCUAUGACGGUCUCUGCCGCAUCUGGGACACUGCGUCCGGACAGUGCCUGAAGACACUCAUCGAUGAUGACAACCCUCCUGUGUCCUUUGUGAAGUUCUCUCCGAAUGGCAAAUACAUCCUGGCUGCCACGCUGGACAACACACUGAAGCUCUGGGACUACAGCAAGGGCAAGUGCCUGAAGACCUACACGGGUCACAAGAACGAGAAGUACUGCAUAUUUGCCAAUUUCUCCGUGACUGGGGGCAAGUGGAUCGUGUCUGGCUCUGAGGACAACCUGGUGUACAUCUGGAACCUGCAGACCAAGGAGAUCGUCCAGAAGCUGCAAGGCCACACAGAUGUGGUGAUCUCGACGGCUUGUCACCCCACGGAGAACAUCAUUGCCUCGGCCGCCUUAGAGAACGACAAAACCAUUAAACUGUGGAAGAGUGACUGCUAAUCCUCCUGGCUCAGAGACUGUUGGAAGUCGACAUUGGCAGGAAGUGGGGUGUGGCACAGGUGUGGGGCCCAGGCGGCCGCAGCACACGCCGCUCAGGACGGUGAGCUGAGGGGUGUGCACCCCAGGACGCUCCAGCACCUCGGGGACAUUUUUUGCUAGCUCUGUCCCGCCCAGGGAGGAGUUCCUAGUUCACUUGCUCAGAGGCAACAAAAGUUUUUAAUUUUUUAUUACAAGAGAGCGAAGUUCGAUUUAUCAUGGGUUGUUUUUUUCCAGGAAUUGUUGUGUACAUUUUUGAUAUUUCCUACCCAGUGGGAACGCACACUGUGGCCGGCUCAGUGGCCCGGUGUGGGUUUCCU